AUGUCAAAUAAAAGACAUUUAUUUAAGAAUGCAUUCACAGUAUCGAGUCAAUCAGUAAUGAGAGGUAGUGAUGUUAAAAAAUUAAAACAAAGAGUAAUGGAUAAAUAUAAAGGUGUUACAAGUGAACAAAUAGAUUUAUUAAUAAACAAGAAAAAAGAUGUUGGUAUGGUAAAAUUACCAAAUAAAAUUCAAUUAAUAUCACAUCAAAAUGAUCCAAUAUUUUUCGAAAUUAAUGAUACAAUUUAUCCAACUGUUUAUACAUUUUUUAAAAUACCAACAUUUUUACCAGUAAUUUAUAUAUAUCCACAAGUAUAUCAAUAUAUUGAAGGUGGAGCAGAUUUAAUGUUUCAAGGUAUAAUAAAUAAAGAAGAUGUUCCAAAGACUCAAGGAUCAUUGGUUUCAAUUUGUUUGAGAGGUAGUAAUUUUCCAAUUGCAUAUGGUGAAACAAUACAAGAUUUAACUAUCAUCAAUACAACCAAUGUACCAACAACACCAGACACUCCAAUUGAAUAUAAAGGUAAAGCAAUAUCAAUCAUUCAUUAUUUAAAUGAUAAAUUAUGGGAAUAUGGAACGAAAAAAUUACCUGAAAAUUUUAAAUCAAAAGAACUCGAACAACAAACUGAUGAUGAUGAUGAUGAUGCUGCUGACAACAACAACAACAACAACAACAACAACAACAACAACAACAACAACAACAACAACAACAACAACAACAACAACAACAACAACAAUGAUGAUGAUGAUGAUGAUGGUAGUGAUAGUACUGAUGAUGGUAGUGAUGAUAAUGAAAAUGGAGAAAAUAAUAAAAAGGAGAAUAUAGAAGUUAAGGAUAGAACAAAUAAAACAACAACAACAACAACAACAACAACAACCACUACACAAUCAUCAAACAUUGAAAAUGAUAUAGAUAAUUUAAAGAUUAAAGAUAAUGAUAAUGAAAAAGAAAAUACUACUAAAACUACAUCAACAACUAUAGUUACAAAAGAAGAAAUGGAUGAAAUAUUAUUAAUUAGUUUUUUAGGAGCAAUAAAAAAGGGUAUUGCAGAUUCAGAAUUACCAAUGGUAUUAAAAACAGUAUUUACAAAGUAUAUGCUUUAUUAUCAACCAAAGGAUAGAGCAGAGAUUAAUAUAAAGAAAAGUUCAUAUAAAAAGGUAUCAAUUUUCUUAAAGGAGAUGCAAAAACAAGGUUUUAUUGAAUUAAAAGAACCAUCACCUGGUAAUAUAGUCUUAUCAAAAAUUAAUAGAAACAAUAUAACCUAUGGUAGAUUUAAAUUGGGUGAAAUUGUUGGACCAACAAUCAAUCAAAAUAAUGGUGAUAGCGAUGAUGAAAAUGGUGGUGAUUUGGAUUCAUCAGAUGAUAUCGAUGAUACAUUUGGUACAACACAAAGAGAAUUUGUUCAAAUUAAAUCGAUUAAUGAAGUUUACUCAAUUCCAAAACAAUUAAAAGAUUAUUUAAAUCAAAAGGAAAUCGCCAAUGCCAACGAUAAUGAUAGCAUUGUUAAAAAGAAAUAUUAUUCAUCAUCUGAAAUUCAAAAAUUGGUUAGUUCUUAUAUUAUAGAGAAUAAAUUAGAAGAUCCACAAAAAAGAUCAAAGAUUAAAUUGGAUUCAUUCCUUAAUAAAUUAGUACCAAAUUCUUUGAUUCAAAAGAGUAUUGAUGUAAAUGGUUUAAUUGAAAAGAAUAGUUUCUUUAUGACAUUUAAAGAUCAUUCAUUAAAGAGAUAUUUAGAGAUUAAUAGAGUAGAUGAUUCAAAAGAGUUUAAAGAAUAUGAUCAAAUCAUUGUUCAAGUUAAAAAAAUAGCAAAUAGAUUCGUUAUUUUAGUUUCAAAUUUAGAACUAUUCUCAAUACCUGUUAAAGAAUUGGCAAAUGAAGGUCAAAAAUUAUUUGCUGCAAGUACUUCAAUCGAUAAAUUAAAUUCUCAUAAAUCAACUUUAAAAAUUCAAGGUAAUGAUUUAAAUAGAGUUUCACAACAUAUUCAAAAGAAAUAUGGUAUACCAAAGAAAUAUAUCUCUGAAAUUGAUUUUAAUAAAAAGAAAUAA